AUGCUAAUAGAGACAAAGCUGUUUCCACAUAUCAAGUAUGUAAUGGACAAAUUCAAGGGCAAGCUACCGAAGGACGAUCUGAAGCGUUUCGCGAAAGAGAUUUCGAAGAAGCUUGUGAGCUCGGAUUUUAAGAACCAUAGGGUAGAAGAUCCCACCAAGAUUUCGUCUCGACAAGAAAAGCACGUGAAGAAGUAUGUCAAAGACUACUUUGACAAAGCGGUUGCCAAGAAACGAGAGCAUGAAAAGAACAAAGCCGAGCGAAGGAGCAAGGAAGGAGAGUCGGCAGCAUCACCUACUUCGGCAACGGUUGCUGAGGUGAAGAAGGAGGAAGAGGAAAGCGAUGGGGAUCAGGAUAUGGCAAUGUCGGAUGACGAGGAAUAUGAGAAGCCGAAGCUGGAGUCAGCAACACCUGUGACACCAUCAGACCAACUGUUGCAAGCCGAGGGACUCAAGCGUAAGAGAGUCAACGAUGAGGAUCCUGCUAGCAUGAAGCUCGAGUACAAUGAAGCGACGCCAAGCAAGCGGCUCAAAUCCGAGAGUCCGCCGCCGCCGCCGCCGCCGCCACCGCCCCCAGCCGAUGGCACACCUCCGGAUCCAAUGUCUUUCUCCAACGGAGAAAUGGAUGAUGUUAAUCAACAUAACUAUGAGGCCAAUAGAUCGCUAAGCUACAUAGAGUCAAUGGGAGUGUCGCCAGAAAACAAUCGUGACGUUUUCCCACACCGAUCCACUUCAAACGAUACCACAAGAGCGGUCGAAGAUGAUGUUGAUAUCUCAGGCAAUGCCCACACUCCAGAUACACCGAGCGACCCGGAGUAUGAUGAGCAUGAACGACUUUUUGGUGGCCAUGGGCAGAGGCAUCUUUCUGAUAUCGAGGUACAUGGGGCCGCGUAA